AUGCGUUCGUUCGUUGCCUCUGCCCUGCUCGUCUCGAGCUCCGUGGCUGCCGCCUCGGCUUCCCUGGCUCCCCGCUGGGACUGGCCCGACGCCAUGCCCAUCGAGGCUCGCCAGGAACCCGGCACCCCUCGCUUCCAGUGCCACGAGGACUGCGCGCCCCUGCUCCCCGUUGACCCUGUCAGCAGCGUCCCCGCUCCCGUCGAUCCCGUCAGCAGCGCCCCUGCUCCUGUCGAUCCCGUCAGCAGCGCCCCCGCCCCCGUCGACCCCACGAGCACCGCCGCCUCUGCCGUGACCAGCGCCGCCUCUGCCGUGACCAGCGCCGCCUCUGCCGUGACCAGCGCCGCCCCUUCUGCCGAGCAGCCCAGCGUCAUCGUCCCCACCCCCGGGUCCUCGGCUGCCGGCGUUCCCGCAAGCAGCCUCAUCAGCUCGGCUGCCGCUGGCAAGCCGACCUCUUCUGCCGUCGAGCACCCCGUCAGCAGCGGCGCUCCCUACCCCGUGGAGACGCACUCCCACGCGAACGGAACGGCCGCCCACACCAGCACGGAGCCCUGCGAGACGGACGCCAACGGCGUGCCCACGGGCCAGGGCAAGCCCACGACGCUCGUCACGAAGACGACCGAAGUGCCCGGCCACGUCGUCGUGCCGACCACGUCUGCCGACGCUCCUGUGCAGCCCGCGCCCCCCGCGCAGACGCCCGGCACCGGCUCGCCUUCCCACGUUGCCACGGCGCCCGUCGUUGUCGAGAGCGCCGAUGCCACGGACGGCUCGGUGCCUGUGCCUUCUGUUGUCGAGGUUAGCGGAGCCGGCAGGACGGUUGGAUCGGCGAUUGCUGCUGGUGUUGCUGCCAUUGUGGCGGUUGCUGCUCUCUAG